UCCUACAGCUGUGGUCGUGGGAGAGGUUCUCUAUAGGGCGACCAGAUGUACGGGUUCAUGAGCCUAUAGACGCCAUGUUUGAUGUUGACGGCAUCGACAUGCCUACUUUCGGUCUGUGUUGGACUCGUCGCAAGAGACGCUUUGCUAGUGAUCAGACCAGGAAGGCGUACACAGCAUUGAACGAGCAGUUCGAUGCGUACACCGGGGUCAUCUGGCAGCCCUACACGGAAGCAGCCAUACAAGGGAGAUACCCUGCUGGUAUGUCUGUGCUAUGCACAAGGGACCGAGAUUACUGGAUGACAAAAUCGAAGAUCAUCUUCGAUGUCUUCGUCGAGGAGAUGGCACAACAGAGGGUUAUGAGGCAAUUUGGUCUUCUGCAGAUGGAGCUACCUCCCCCUAUAGAGAACCCGGUGCCAGCACACAUCCACAGGUAUUAACCAGUUUUUCAAUGUUGCAUUUUCUUUCAUAGUACUCCAUUCGAAGCUUUAGGUAAUUGUUGAACACACACCAUAAU